CAAAUGGGUGUUGGAGGUGUUCAAGUUGUAACUGUGUUGCUAUGUAGUGAAAGCCCAUAGCAACAAGGCAGCUAGUAUGGUGCAUGCACUGGGUAGAGCUAUGUAUGACAGUAUUGCCCUCUAUAAAAUGUCCUUAUGCUGAAACUCUUGCCUGAUAGUGAGGAUCUUUUAGGACAACAAAACCACAUUGCGUAUAACAAAUGAACUGUAAUAUAUUUAAUUCCAUUGUUCAAAAAUCCCCAAAACGCUCCCCAAGUAGGCUCGUUAUUCGUCCUCCUAAAAAUAUAACACCCGUAAAUAUUAUGAACAAUUUCAACUCUCGGCCACCAGGGGGUAGCAGAGUUCUAGAGGAAACGAUGGAAAAUAACCAGAGCCUUGCAGUCGGUGGAAAAGUACCCUUAUGGAUAAGGAUUCCCCAAACUUCCUUUUGUACAUGCCGCAAUGUGUCUUCUACUAUUACACCUGCAAAACAAAACUGAAAACAGCAAACAUUAUAUCAACAUCCUGUUAUAAACCAAUAACACAUGCGUUAGUAGUGCAUUCAAUAUAUCCUGAUUCUAGUUUGCCUCUAUUGGCUGUUUCAUAAUAUCCCCAAACUGUUUGUUGCACAUGGUCAUUGACAAAUUAACGAUUUAAUGGAAAAAUAGCAAUGAAUAGGUAUACUAGGCCUAUAAUACUUAUACAUAAUUCCGUUAUAGCGUUCCUUUAAACGUAUUUUCAGCUGAUGUAAAACAACAACGAAAUAAACAAGCCAAAUUAUUCCUAGGCUGUAUAUAUGACAUGUUAAACAACCAAAACCAUUUACUCAAAAGAAAUACGCACAAAGAAACAUUUUAAGAAACAUUUAUUUUGCCUAUUUGCUUCAAGGUGUAAAAUAAUUCGGUCUGCGGGACAACUGAGUUCUUACUGUGUUUGUAGGAGUUCAAAAACGGGUCAGAAAAGGGGGCAGAUGGGAACUCACUCCACGGCGGAUUUGCAUAAUGUAUUCUGGCGUCAGGUGACGUCAGGAUUCAGUUCAACUAUAAAGGCCCCCCGGUGGCAGAAAUAGAUUCACUCGCUGAAACGUAACGUGCCUCCUAUCACCGACAUCAACCUUAACGCACAGCUCAACUCACAACAAAAGCAACCGAAUCGAGUCGUGCAGUCAGUCGAGUGAUUAAACUGAAUACAGUAACCCCGGAUUGGUAUCUGUCGAGGUAGAUUUAUCUACUCAACCAGUCGCAAACGUGGCGAGAAGCAUUAUACAAACGGGUCUACUGCUGAACAUGAGUACGGAGAUCUUCAAAACACCAAUGGAGGUUGCUGUCUAUCAGUUGCAUAACUUCAGCAUCUCCUUCUUCUCCUCGUUAGUAGGAGGAGAUGUGGUGUCUGUUAAACUCGACAACAGUGCCUCGGGUGCUAGCGUUGUUGCCAUUGACAACAAGAUAGAACAGGCAAUGGAUCUGGUGAAGAACCACCUGAUGUAUGCAGUCCGGGAGGAAGUAGAGAUCCUCAAGGAGCAGAUCAGAGAGCUGGCUGAGAAGAACAACCAGCUAGAACGUGAGAACAUCCUUCUGAAGAACCUGGCCAGUCCAGAACAGAUGGAGAGCUUCCGCGAACGGGUCCCGUCCGACUCGGACGCUCUGGUCCCCCUGCGGCUGGACAACCAGUACCAGCAGCAGGCCCAGAUGGGACUCCAUAACCCUGACCAGUCCUGCCACAUCAGCGCUGGCUCUGCUGUGUAGGUGGUUCUGCCUUGGACAGUUGUAAACUAAUCGUCGCUGCCAACUUCAGUGAAGCUGUCUGUAACAGACGAUGAAACACAACGGAGCACUUGAAAAGGUGCUCUAACUAGCGGCUGUAGGCUGAAGCUAUAAAAGCUAAGAUGAGCCUUUCCUACGACAUCUAGACUAUUUCUCUUUAGACAAAGGCUCUAAACGAGAGGGCUCACAUGUAGCCAGCCGGAGAACGCUUGGGACAGAGGGGAGGCUCCGGCCUUCUGGGGCCAGGAGGGCCAACCCCUUCAGCCAUUCUCUACCACCCCUGCUACAGAGGGGGGAGAGGGCUAAGAGACGGGGCUGGCCCGGGGAUCUGAUCCUGGGGAUGCCUCUCCAUGCCAGGGUGGCCCGUCCUCCAGCUUACCUCUCCAGGUCCAGCCAAGGAAAAAGGAAAUCUUCUCCAAGACAGACAGAGAGACGGCCUUCCAGUCUCUGCUAGACCCCCCCCCCGGAUUUCUUCUUCUGACAGUACAAGUUCUGAGGAGUCAGUCAGACAAUAUCUCUACUAUCUUGUGACUGUUUCCACCUGCCACCAUCUACUGCUAUUCUCCGUCAAUGUUCUUUAAGAAGAAGCAACAUGUCUUCGGGGAACCAAACCUGAGCUUCAGUACAACGAGUAGAGGAGAAGGAGGAUCUAGGAGAUCCUGCAGGGACUGUUGCUGGAGAAAGAGAGGCUUGUUGCUUCUCUAUCUCAACCUCAAUGCCGAUAACGGAUUGCCAUAAUCAUGAUUCAGAUCAUAUUCUCUGCAGUUGGGUUGUGUUGUUUAUGGGGGAAAAUCCUGCUAUUUUACUUUUCUUCUGAUUCUGAACAAAAUGAAAUACUUCUUAAUAGGAGCGUUGUAACUGUUCAGUUAAAUGAUUUAUUAUGGGGAUGGAAGUAUCUACUACCCAGUAUGCCUUGCUCUGUACAUUUUACUAACAUGUUCAGAGUAGUGGCCUGGAGAUGAAUUUGAGCAGCUGAUUUUUUCUCUCUAAAGGCUGUGAAUGCAGUCUUGACCUAGCAGACAUGUUCUGCGUGUUCAGAUGCCAACCUCAACUUGAAUCAAUGGCAUGACUCUUGUGCCUAUAUCUCCAGGAGAGGAGGAAUAACCCAGUUCCACAAUGGACUUUAAGUGUUUUCUAACUACCAAAGACCGUCUCAUUACUCCUCCAAACGAAACCAAGCAACCUGGACCAUGUGUACGUCGUUCACAGGGAGAACUCUUGUUAGCAGUAAUGUUUGUGUUUUUUUAGAUAAGCGUUGGGUAUUGUUGCUGUAUUGUGUCCAUGAAACAGGUAUAUACUUUUGAAAGGAUGUAAUGGAUGCAAAAUGCACAUUUGCAAUAAACCCUAUGUUUACACUAUA